GCUGUUGGCCAGGGCGUAGUUAUCCUGAUAUUUAGUGAAAUUGUAGAAUGUCGUGUAUUUUUCUCCUCAAUAACACAUCUGGAAACACAUUCUAAUAAUCACAUUAUUCUAAAGUGAUAACCGGCUCAGUGUUUAUUUUUUGUAAUUGAGAUAAUUAUUUUGUUAGCUAGCUAUCCUUGUUAGCAUAGACGUCCAAGGGAAUUCUGCAGAGAAAACUCAAAUUGUCUGAAUUCUGGAAACAUGGAGUCAACGAAAACUGCGCUCCGUUAAGUUCUGUGGAUGUUUGCAACCCGAAGGAGAUCUACAAGAAACAUUUGAAACGGUUCCUUAAGUCGUGAGGACUUCAUAUAUUCGCCGGGACACGUUUUAUAAUUUUUGCUACGCUUGUUUUUGGGAAUGACAUUCAGAAUUGUCGGAGCAUACGAAGCGAAGUUUUCUAGUUACUGAAAGUGAUCCCGUUUUCGUUGGUACAGUAGAUAGCUAGCUAGCCAUCGUUGGCCGAGACUCGGCAGCAAGGUACAGUAGUUAGCUGAUGUAUUCAUUCGGCUGAAUUUCAAUGAUUUACUUUGUUUCGUAGCCAGCUAUCACUCUUAACUUUUAUAGAAAACGUAUAUUAUUGGACACGUUUCGAGUCUACUGGAGGAAAAGCCGUUGGAUUUUCCACUCCCUGGAGUUAACUAACCGCUAGCUAGCGUUCAAGCUAUCUGAAUUGAAGCUCCCAACAAAUUUAGAGGGGCACAUUGGCUAGCAAGCUAAAUAGUGCAAUAGCUAGCUGGGGGGGAAAACAAUGCAUUUGCUAUAGCUAGCUGAUCAAGCUAGGAAUAUUACGUAGUUUGUUAUUUUGAUGCAAUAAUUACUAAUGGUUAUCUAGUUAAUUCCCAACACGGGUUUCAACUCAGACUUGUCGGUUUUUAGAAAUUCUCAUGGUCACGAGGGGCUGGCUGCUCGUCUACGGAUAAAGGCAAACCUGGAGGCUGGGAACACCAAAUGGGACUGACUCGAUUUUUUUUUUUUAAGAUACACUGGCUGUUACUACACCAGGCCCAGGUAAACUGGUUGUAUUUUCUAUAGGGCGGAAACAGUUAAAGUGGAGCCUGUAUCAAUAUUUUCCAAGGGAACAACGCAUCAUUGUCAAUAGGAACAUCAUCCCCGACCCUGGUGUCUUGUGCGAUAAAGUGGAGAGCUGCACGACGUAAGACUAGGGCUUCUUAUUAGAGGUCCUGAUUUAUCUCAAGAAAUUGCUACAGUAGCGAAAAUAGCAUUAUCGUCAGUGGCUUCACUGAAUACGUACCAUUUCACUGUACAUGAUUGCAAAACUCUUACAUUGAGGUAUUGAAUUCAGUAUUAGGACAUACCCAGAUAUUUAUUUUUCACUGGCAGUCUAUCACCGAAAAUUGAAGGUGUUUUCAUGACAUUGUUAUUUGGAGAUUCCGCUCUCAAUGUUGUUGAUUUUUUGUUGUUGAUGUCAUCACCUUUUUCAAUCAUCUCUUCAACAUAGACGGAUGUUAGGGGAGGGGUAUUCAAAGAGUCUGUCUUAUCAUACUUUGGAAAAUGAUAAUUGGAUAUAAAUCCCAGCAAAUCUAGAAACGGAAGCCCAAUGAGCGACACACAGUCCAGUAUCACUGAUAGGUUUUCCAAUAAAGCAAACAGGUAAGAAACCUCAUUUCAUACAACCAAGCGGUAAGCUGUUUUAUACGUGUGUUCCUGACGUUUCUACCCAACACAGAAGUAAUGUUUUAGGCCUAACCACCAACAGAACUCACAUGCCAGAUGAAGGAAAUGAAGCGGUCUUUAGGAGAAGCCUGCCACACACACACACACACACACACACACACACAGUGGUCCUCCUCACUGAGUUCAGGGGAGGGGGACAAAGGGGUCCUUCUUUUAGCACGGCCCAUCUCUGCCUAGUCCGGCGAGAAAACAGAGGCCUUUUACAGCCACAUGUAUGCAGAGCAGGGCCCACGCUCUGGCCUUACGACAUUCCUCUGACGAGGGCCCAUUCACUCGCUCCUCCAGCUCUUACAGACCCACUCAGCAGCACAGCCAGUCCAAGAUCAUCUGUCAAAUGCAGUUAUUAUCAUGAUUCAUAAGAUGUCACCUCGCCGUUGAUGGGGUGGCCAUUGAGUGAACAAUUGAGUUUCUCUGUUUUAUGCUUGUGGAUAUUCCCAUCGGCACUGCAGUCAUUGGUGGUACUCCACAACAUUUAAAUUGUUAUGUUUCCUAUAGAAAAGGACAGUUGUCAGUGUUGUACGCCUAGUAGCGACUCACAAGUAACAUAUUGUGUUCUUCGAUAGCACAGUGGCUGUGCUCCUUAAUUCUCAUCAGGUUAACUCUUAUGGUUUACGUUUUUCCGAUGUUUCCUUGUUUUUUUACAAAGCUCUCUCUUUUCAGAAGCAGUAGCAUUCUCAGUAAAGACCACCCCCCUGACAAGAAACCCAACCGUGAUAAACCAGCAGUCUCCUCUUCACAUGAGUUUGACCCUACAGGGCUUGUCCAGCGAUGUGUGAUCAUUCAGAAAGAUGAGAAUGGCUUUGGGCUGACGGUGAGCGGAGACAACCCAGUGUUUGUGCAGCUCGUCAAGGAAGAUGGCGCUGCAGAGCGUGCGGGUGUACAGACAGGUGACCGGAUCAUCAAGGUGAACGGGACCCUAGUAACACAUUCAAACCACGUGGAAGUAGUAAAGCUCAUCAAAUCGGGCUCCUAUGUGGCCCUCACAGUGUUGGGGCGACCCCCUGGGUUGCCCCAGAUCCCCCUAUCGGAGUGCGAGGCUAAGCUGGGGUUCCCGGGGCCCCAGGCUGGGUCGUCCCCUGUCUCCUCUCCAAACGCUACUGGACAGCCAACGGGGGAGCGCCCAUACAGCCCCCAUGACCGCAUCACCUCUCCUCUACCGAUAUGGGAAGAGAACAACAGCGUACACAGCCAAAAGGUGGACAUCCUGCAGAAGAUGUUGUCCAAGGAGCAACAAGAUUUGCAGGCAAUGAAGGAGGAGUACAGCAGGAAUCCGAUGCCAAAACUACUGAAGGACAUCCAGGAAGCCAAGAAGCACAUUCCACAGCUGCAGUGGCAGCUCAGUAAGGCCACUGGAGGAGCACAGGAUGCCCUGCAAUUGGGUGACGGAGAUGACGGUAGCAUGGUGGACAUGGACCACACCCCUUCCUCCAGGGGAGACAGUAGCAAUGACCUCUCGUGGAGCAGCAGUACCAUGUCCCCUGUUCUCCGCAGUUUUGCACCUGCCUCCCCGGAGAGCCUGUGCCAAAGAGACAUGUUGUCCUACCACAGCCCAAAGAGCACGCCCCGAGACAGCUUCAACUCCUGCCACUCCCCCGACCCAGAAGACACUCCAGACCUGGACUCGCUGUCCCCCUCUGCUGUAAACAGCCCUUCCUCACGCUUCGUCUCCCAGAUCAUUGGAGCUGAGGACGACUACUUUGACUCUGAUCAAGAACAGGUCAAUGGCCAGUGCAGCUGUUUCCAGAGCAUGGAGCUGCUCAAGUCCAGACCUGCUCACCUGGCAGCUUUCCUGCAUCACGUUGUCUCGCAGUUUGACCCUGCACCGCUGCUCUGCUACCUCUUCGCUGACCUGUGCAAGCAAACUAACUCCAAAGAAACCAGACGGGUGUUCAUGGACUUCCACAGCUUCUUCAUCGACCGGGGAGCUAAUUUAAAAGUAGCUGUUCCCGAGUCCAUCUCCUCUGACCUUGACCGGCGGAGGACGGAGUUGAUCCCUGAGGAGCAGAACAGACAGUUAGUCCAGAUGAUGCAGGACACCCUGCUCCCUGACAUCCAGAGGAACCUGGAGGACUUCAGGCAGAAGCGCAGUAUGGGCCUAACCCUGGCUGAGGGGGAACUGGCCCGGCUGGACACGGAGCGCGUCAGAGACCGGGUAGCACUGGAGAGAGAACGCUCCUGUGCUGAAAACAUCAUCACCAAGAUCGAGGAUGUCCUGUUGACAACCCAAUCCACAGAGGAGGAGAAAUGCACUACUAUGCAGUAUGUCAUCCUCGCGUACAUGAAGCGCCUUGGAGUGAAAGUCAAAGAGCCACGGGGCCUAGAGUUCAAAAGGGUCCGCCUGAACUUUCUCCCCAAGAUCAAGAAGAGCGUCAAGACCGAGAAGGAGGGAGGGGAGGAGAAGGUGAAACGAACCAGGUUUCCCAGCAUCCUCGGGCCUCCGCGCCGGCCCAGCCGCGUCGACCCCACGUCCAUCGGCAAGGCCAUGGACCUCAACAAGCCGCGGCCCCAGAAGCAGCUGUCCCAGCCCUGCCUGGGGGCCGUGGAGCACCUGGAGGCGGGUCGCCUGACGGCCAGUCAAUCCAGCGAGGGCUCAGAGCUCACACAUUCCUCCAAUACCAACGCCACCUCGCCAACCAACAACACCACCAACAGCCACGCCUCAGACGGAGGCAGCAGAGACUCUGAGUUUGUUCUGACCCCUAACUCUGCCUUCCUCAAACUGAGCGAAGGUCUUGGAGACCUGGACAGUCUACAGUACACUCCAAACACACACUUUGACUACAGCCUGAGCCCAUACAGCCUGGACCAGCUGCAGGAGGAGGACAGGGAGAGCAGAAUCCUUGAAGGAACACCCAAGUCUAUCAGAAGGUUGGAUGGCCUUGGUCCUACGGAGGUGCAGAGUGAAGACGACCAAGGAGGCACGGACUCUGAGCAUGACCCUCUCAACUGGCAGCAGCUGGUGGGACGUGAGAUCCUGGCUGGACUCGGGGCCCAUGAGAUCAAGAGACAGGAAGUCAUUAACGAGCUGUUCUACACUGAGAGGGCCCACCUGCGGAUGCUCAAAGUGCUGGACAACAUCUUCUACCAGAAGCUCACCAGAGAGGCCAUACUGCCUCCUGCCGACAUCAAGAACAUCUUCACCAACCUGGGGGACAUUGUUCAACUGCAUGUUUUGAUAUCUGAGCAAAUGGCAACAAUCCGGAAAAGGAACGAGACGUCUGUAAUCGACCAAAUAGGAGACGACUUGCUGUCCUGGUUCAGCGGGGGCGAGGAGGAGAAGAUCAAGCAGGCGGUGGGCACGUUCUGCAGCAACCAGCCCUUUGCUCUGGAGCUCAUCAAGAGCAGGCAGAAGAAGGACUCGCGCUUCACCUCAUUCAUGCAGGAGGCUGAGAGUAACCGACUGUGUCGAAGACUCCAACUGAAGGACAUCAUUCCCGUGGAGAUGCAGAGGCUCACCAAGUACCCUCUCCUACUGGAAAACAUUGCCAAGUACACAGAUGACACCAUGGAGAAAGACAAGGUAAAGAAGGCAGGCGACUGCUGCAGGAAGAUUCUCAACCACGUCAACCAAGCGGUGAAGGAGUCUGAAAACAAACAAAGGCUGGAGGACUACCAGAGGCGGCUAGACCUCUCGUCUCUGAAGCAGACGGAGAAUCCCAUGAUUACAGAGCUCAAGAACCUGGACUUGACCAAGAAGAAGAUGAUCCACGAGGGACCACUGUCAUGGAAGGUCAACAAGGACAAGACUAUUGAGCUGUACACCCUGCUCUUGGAGGACAUCCUGGUGCUGCUGCAGAAGCAGGACGAGCGGCUCGUCCUCAAGUGCCACAGCAAAAACCUGUCGGGCACCGCCGACACCAAGCACAUCUUCAGCCCCAUCAUCAAGCUCAACGCGGUGCUGGUGCGCUCUGUGGCCACAGACAACAAGUCGUUCUUUGUUCUCUCAAUGUCGGACAACGGGGCACAGAUCUACGAGCUGAUGGCCCAGACCGUAUCAGAGCAGAGAAUGUGGCAGCGGCAGAUCACCCAGAGAGCGGACGCCAUGAAAGUGAAGCCGCACAGCGGCAUCCACUUACCUCAAACGGAUGUGGAGAUCAUCGCUGCAGACGUAGCCCGACUCGGUAAGGACCCGGACCGCAUCUCCUCUGGAAGCAGCCAGUCUAUAGAUAAAGAGUGCAGCUCUGCCUCUGGUGGCGUGAUGCAGACCUCUCCCCCAGAUGCCAAGUCCUUUGUAGGACUCAAGCCCGAAGAGGAGGAGCCCAGUCGGGAGGAGGGGCUUUACGGGGACCCGGACCUUGCAGAUAGGCUGCCCUUCCGCAUGGCCGUAGACGGGUUCAGCGAAUCGGACGGGCUGGGCUUCAGUCCUUCUAGGGCUGACGAUGCCUUAAAGACAUUGUCGGCGCUGAAGCAGGUCCUGGUGACCCAGCUCAUGUCGCAGGAGGACGGCGAGCGUGCUGGGCGCUCCUCCUCGGGGGGUGGGCGUCUUCUCAGGACCACGUCCCUGAGGACCCCCGUGGACAGCCGUGCCCGGGUGGCUGUGCAGAAAGGCUCCGGGAUGUGCACCCAGGCCAGCCACCCUGAGGAUCCGGCUCAGGACCUGGUGUCUGGGGACACGGGUUUCUUUGAGUCCCCCGAGGAUUAUGCAGGGUACCUGGUCCUGGAGGGCUACGGGGGCUCAGGGGAGAGCAGCACGGACGAUGACCUCCAGGCCACUGGGAAGCAGCUGAGCGCCUCGCGGGGCUGCGGGGCAGGAGACUCUGGGAUCAGCCUGAGGUUCUCCUCUGCCUCACAGGCAGGUAGCAUCUCCAGCUUCAGCCGACAGGUCCUGUCCCACCUCCGCAACCUGCAGACCAACCUCAACCACCUCAAGGAGGUAGAGGCCAAGUAUCACAGUCUACUACGCCAGAGGCCGGCCAGGUCAUCGACAGGCACGGACAUCAACAAAGAUAAAAGAUAGUCGUGGAACGUCAGCCCCUUCCCCUCCCAGGCCUCUGCAUCAGGCCGUAAGGGAGACGGUGAAGAUGGAAGGGUUGAUUUCAUGCCUCCCUGCUGUCUCGUUGACCUGGAUGUCCUCUUAGCUUGUCCACUCAACUGCUGAGUACCCUCUUCCUCCUCCCACCGUGGUUCUCCCCAAGAGACUGAGCAUGAGCGAGAGACAGUUGGAGGAAGGGGGGGUUUCCUUUGGAUUUCUCCUCCCGCACCUCUCCGUCAGCACAAGGCAAUCAGGGAAGAGGGACUGUCCCGAAUCCAGCCCACCCCCCCACCCCUGCGUGUCCCCACUCCAAUUGCUGUGGGUCGCCCUGUCUCCCCUCCCAUUUCUCUCUACUCCUAGUCAUCCCUGCAAGAAGGAGAACUGCACCAAAAUGUACAAAGCCGUGUGUUUAAGAUAUAUAUUAAACACACAAAAAGAAGCGACAAGUGAAAGGAACAUUUUAAGAUAAUGUAUUAUGUGUUUUUGUUUUUUAUCCCAUGAUGUAUUUAUUUUCUCUCUUGUGGUUUCCCAUGUUGCUUGCAUGUUUUUUUUUUGUGGGCUGUUUCGACCUCCUUUUAGGCUGCUCCACCCAUAUCACACUAUCCUAUCCUUAAUGAACAGGAAUAAUACAAGUGGGUAUAGAGUCACAUUUUGCGUGGAGCCCUCAUAGGAUGGUGUUUAAGCAGUAUGGAAAAGUCAGGGGCUCUGUCCUGGUCCUCAGUGUAUUUUUUACAACUGGUCUAAAACUCAUCCCUUCUACUUCUGUUGGUAAUCAUGUCUGGUUUCCCCUCCCUGUGCCCGCCCAUGCUACUGCUGAUGUGCCAGUGAUCUGACAAUGUCAUAAAGUUCACACACAAACUAUCAAGUUGGAAGGUUUAUGCAUAACUUUAAUAAAAAAAUGCCAUGACACAUU